GCUCGUAUUACAAGCAUGUAAAAGAUAGCGUAGAUCAGCUGGGCUUUGGAAGUCAACAAGUCUACGCGCAUGUUGGAACCAGGCUCCAUUGCUGUAUUUCUUUAAAAAAAACAAAGAGAUGGGGGUCAGCAUGUAAUUUGUGAACCCAAUUCAAGCUUGAAGAAGGAGAAGAAGAAAGAUCAAAUCCAAAACACACAAAAAUGAAUUUUGAAAUCGUGAAGGAUUACUUGGAGAAAAGCAGCUCUAAGGCAUCAUCAGAUGAUAUUGAUUCCAUGCCUUUCAAGUUCUUCGAACCCAUGAUUAUGUUCGGUAUUAAAGUAGAUCUAAUCGAACGUGGUCGUGUCCUCUGCUCCAUGACAGUUCCUGCUCGUUUACUGAACGUAGGUAAUUCCUUGCACGGUGGAGCGACUGCGGCGCUGGUUGAUGUGGUGGGUUCAUCUGUUAUUCUGACUUUUGACCGUGCGUCCACCACCGGAGUUUCAGUGGAGAUUAACGUUUCCUACUUGGAUGCUGCUUAUGUUGGUGAUGAGAUUGAGAUAGAAGCAAAGGCAUUGCGUGUGGGGAAGGCUGUUGCUGUUGUGAGUGUAGAAUUUAGGAAUAAAAAGACUGGAAAAAUAAUUGCACAAGGGCGCCAUACCAAAUACCUCGCCGUAUCAAGUAAAUUAUGAGCUACAGGUAUCUUCUCAUAUAGAAAGAUCCCCUCGAAUCACGUUAGAUAUAUGUUCACACAUAUCUCUACACGUGAUUAAAUGAUGACAUUCUUUCUGGUCUUCUACAGUUCCGUGGCUUUGGGUGACACAAAGAACUACAAUUGUUUACAUCUUCUCAGAUUGUUAAAGUCCAUGCUGAUUAUAUAUAUAUAUAUAUAUAUGUAUAUAUAUAUGUAUUUGUUUCAGAACUGUGUUUUCAUUAGUUCUUUGCUUCAUGUCUGGGCUUUGUAAAGUAUGCUGAAUGUGGUAGAUUUGCUUGAGUUGAUCUGCACCACUUGGUAUAAGUACUUCUCAA